AUGGACGAAGAAAUCCAGAAAUACGUAGCAGAUGUAGCUAGUAACAUUUUUACGAAUUUCACAAUCACCGUGGAAGAUGUUGCAAGUAAAGAUGGUUACUUAGGGGACUUAUUAUUUGUAUCAAUUCAUGGAAAAACCAAAGACAAAAUCGAAAAGAAAAUCGACGUUGCUGUAAAGGUGGCCAAAGUGCUACCUUUCGAUGUAGCAGUUGAAUGUGAGAGUGUUUAUAAACAAGAAAGAUUUUUCUACGAUGAGGUAUUUCCUGUCUUUGAGAGCAUACAGAAGAACAUCAAAAACAAAUUCAAGCCCUACCCGCAUUGCUUUAAAUGCUUUACAGAACGCAACAUUAUCGUAUUAGAAAACCUAAAAGCUAAAGGAUACGAAAUGAUCGACAAAGACACCCCUAUGGAUUUCGACCAUUGCAGAGCAGUCAUUGAGGUUUUCGGAAAAUUCCAUGCCAUGUCUUUUGCGCUAAAAAGUCGCGAUGGACAAAAAUACGAUAAACUAGCAGAGUACAGCAGGGAUCUAGGCAUGAAGCAUAAUAAAUUAUCGUACGUAGCCAUGUACAAUGCAUCUAUGCAAGAAGCACUGCAUUUGUUGAAGAAAAAAGGUGAUAUUAGUCUCAGUGAGGAAAUAGGAAACGUUGUGUUAAUGUGGGGUAAUAAGUACUGUGGAUACCAGGUGGACGAUGAACCUCAGGCAGUGCUUACACAUGGUGAUGGUUGGAACAAUAACAUAAUGUUCCGAUACGAUGAAGGAAAUAUCUCUGUGAAGCUGGUCGACUGGCAGCUCGCUGACGUGAGAACUCCAAUAUACGACAUCUGCUUGUUUCUCUAUGCUAGUUGCAAUGAUUUCAAAAAUUUUGACAAACUGAUAAGAAUCUACCAUAAUUCCUUGACUUCCUUUUUGGAGGAAUUGAACGUUGACCCAGAAGUGUUUACCUUUGAAGAUUUACAGCGACAUUUAGCAGAGUAUACUCCCUAUCUCAUAAUGCAUCUGCCCUUAUUGCUAAAAUUUGUUUUUGGUGAUGGUGCGUUUGAUAUGAAUGAGAAAAAUAACGAAAUUAUUAUUGGAAUACCACAACUCAAGGAAGACUUAUUUUAUUAUCGGCUAAAAUCGGCUUUCAAAUAUUUCUACACAACUUACGUCAAACAGUAAUGUAUUUUAAAUAAAACCCAGUAUUACAGCAACUAUUUCGUUUUAUUCAGUAUUCCUGCAUUAUUUUCAGAGACAGCAAAACGAUUAUUUCUAAAAUUAGAAGGGCAGCUGAUAUUGAAUGUAAGAAACAAAAUAUAAAUUCGUAGGCAACACCAUUUGCAAGGUGGGAUAUUCAUAUUAUUAUGGCUUGUGCAAACCUCGUUACUAAUUCUUCAAAUCUCGAUAAGAGAAAUGGAAUGCAUUAUUCCGAUUCAAAUUAUUGUUCUGAAGUAUAUAAAUAUUUUCGGUAUAACUGCGCAUUGUUAGAUUUUUUAUUACAACUGCGUAACGUAAUAAAGAUAUUUGUAUAACUACAACAGUGUCAUAAUAUAAUGAACAAAAUAAAAACUUUAUCUCAGAUAUGAACGAGUUGGGAAUUACAUCCAACAUUCAAAUUAGUGAGCAUAUAUUUUUGUGCAGUUUCGCGUUUCAAAACCCAGAUAGAAUCAUAGCAUAUCCUGUCCAAUAUCGUGGAGGAUAAAGCUCUAUCUCAUGCUAGAUCUGAUCCUGGUCACGUACCAUUGAGAACAAAUUGUUCGUCCCCCGUAAGUUCACAAUGCACUUUAUUAUCGUUCUUCUCUCUCUUUCACAGCUUUUGUGCCAUUGAUUUGACAAGAAAUGUCAAUGUUCCUUGCUCCAUGUCAUUUUACACCCAAAUAAAUCUUCCUGCCAUUUUUGUUUAUUUAAUUUUUUGUGAGUAUAGCCAACAUGUUAAUUCAAUACCAAAAAUCAUUACAUCGACUCUGAUUUGAAUUGGAUUCAAUGCUAUUGUUGAUAUUAAAUAAUUGUGACUUCCCCUGAAAACGAAUUUUCGUAUAUUCUAAAUAUAGAUUAUCGAUUUUCGCUAUGGCAAAAGAAACGAAUGCUAAUCAAAGGAACCCCUCAGGCAUUGAAGACAAGAGAUUGUGGAUUGGAAAUUUGGAUUCGAGAGUUACUGAGUAAGUUUAUAUCGCAUAUUUGAAGUUGCUCUUUUGAGUAUUCACAACUCAUAUAUUGUUUUUUCUUACCGGUAUCAACUACUGAAACUUGUACAAAAACACGGUGCUAUCGAGAAGUUUGACCUGAUUUUCCAUCGAACUGGACCUCUGCUAGGUCAGCCAAGAGGUUAUGCUUUUGUUACAUACCAAAAUAGUGAAGAUGCUAUCACAGCAAGAGAAGCCCUAAAUAACCUCCUUGUGGGACAAAAACACAUCCUAGUUGCCUGGGCACAUAGUGUAAAUACUGAGGAAAUUGACAAAGCAAAACCUGAGAUCUCCAUACCUGCAUUAGCAAUGGCAAAGCAAACUAAAAAGUUGGACAAAAUGGCUCAGAUUCAAGCAAUAGAGGCAAAGUUGAAGCUUAUGGAGAAAAACCAAGGAGAGGAAUUGAAGAUAAAUGAUACAGUUGCCACAAAACCUCCAGUGAUAGUACAAUACCAAUAUAAUAAGAACCAAAAUGUGAACAACAGUUCAAUGAAAACCAGACAUACCUUGAGAAGGAGUGAUAGACAUAAGCCUUAUGUAAAAAAUAAAAAUAGAAGAUGAAGAAAUGUGUAGGUUAGGAUUUAACAAAAUGUGUAUCUUUUUCUUUUUGCUGUGGGCAUAUUCUUUGUAAUAAACUAUUUUUUUAUUUGAUAACCUAAGGUAUAAAAUAUUAAACUUUUGAAACAAUGCAUAUGCAGCAUUUGUAGUUGAAAAUUGCAUAACAGUUAAAAGGUAUGUUGAAAUGAAAAAUUAAAACAUUGUGGUCUAAUUUUUCCAGGUAAUGGAAUUAAGACAGCGCAAAUUCCAUAGAAUAUGCCUGUAGUAAUAAUAAUUUAUCUAUAAGGCCUGAAAUCUAAAGACUAUUAAUUCUCAUUAAUUUGUUGAUCUAUGAGCCCCUUCCCAUUUCAGUUGGCCCACUUUAAGAUUUGUACCCAAAUAUGCCUUUAUAAACUAAACAUGACAAUACUAUUUACUUCUAAAACAAUUUAUUUUCUCAAAAACAUUUUACAUACACUCUAGUCGUAAAAAAUACAUAUUUGAAAUCACUUAGGCCUAUAACUAAUAGAACGUCUGAACUAAUAAACAAUGCGCGAAGUUAACAAAGCAACAAUUGAAAGAUUAGCAUUGGGGUAACAUCACCUUUAUUUUUAUUACGGCUGAAAUUCUUUGGGACAUAGUGUUAACCACGUUUUGGCAAAAAUUUGGUGUAAAACAAUCCCAUAUUUCUUGAAGCUUUUGUCUCAGUUCGGUGAUUGUACGAGCAGGAUGUUGUCGUAGAACCUUUUUCAUCUUGUGCCUCAAAGUUUCAAUAGGUGACAGAUCUGGACUGCUAGAAACCCAUUUCAAAAGUGGUACAUUAUUUUCUUCCAACCAUUUUAUAGCCUUUUUUGAGGUAUGGCAGACUUAUUUUGCAUUGAAAUGAAAAUAGAUUGAUAUGCUGUAACUGCAACAUGCUACAAAUUUGAUUAGAGAGUGAUAAAGUUGGUGUGUUCUACUAUAUAUUAUCAAAAUAUUCAUUGUUAAUAUUUUAAACCUGUAACACCCUGCUACAUUUUUAUUACAUAUUUGUGUUUGAUAAGAAAAAAACUAAGAUUUCAAUAGUUGGGCCAACUGAAGUGGGAAGGGGCUCAUAUUCUAAUGUAUCAUAAAGGACAAAGUUGAUGAGCUGUUUUAAACUCAAUCUGCUAGAAGUAUUAUUUAUGUUCUAUAUGAUAUUAUGCUAUGUUUAAAGUAAUUUUUACUGUUGAGCAUGCUAUCAAAAAACCUGCUCAGUUUGACUAAAAAAUAUCUAAAUUGUAUCUCCUCAGGUAUAAGAAAGUAUGAUGUUACCACUAUAUUUAGAAUCACAGAUUUGUAUUGAAAUUCAUCAAUAACAAUAAAUAUAUACUGGUUUUCCUCCAUCCAAUAUGUUUUUAACUAACUACAGAUCCAGUUAUGUUUCCACUGCUAUGAGAAUUCAUGAAACUUUCAGGUGGUAUGAAAUCAUUGAAAGAAAAUAAAAGCUCUAGAUUUCAAAAUCAAUCUUUAGUGAAUAGACCAUUUGAGUGCACUUAGAAUUUUGAUUUGUAU